UACCCAAGAGGUGGAAAUGAAAAUCAAAGAACGAAUAUACGACAAAUAUUUUACAUCAGUACUUUUUUUUCCGGUGUAAUAACAUAUACUAUGAAAGUGUGUAUAAAAUGAAUGAAGGUUCAUUUACUCAUAACGAACGCAACUAGUAAACACGUUUGUCCGGGACGUCUGCUUUCAGCCGAUUGACUAGAUAUAACAGAGUUAAUGUAUUAUAGACUUCUAGUGUAACAUUUAGCGCCACAAUUGCGCUGCAGAUUGGCAAUUUAACAUAAAUUAUAUUAAGCCUUGCACCAUGAGUCUGGCUACCCUUGUUAAAGGCUUGAGAAUACGGACAGUAGGCCUAGUUUCAGUACACGUUCGACAUUAUGCCGUCUCAGGAAAGCCAAUACCCAGUCAAGACCAGGACCAAAUUCAUGAAUUUGAAGACCAGAAAGAGGAGGAAGACACCGUUGAUAAGAUGCGUAACAAGUCUAGGCUAGGGCCGAGAGCUUACGGAAAAAUGCAUAAAUUGGCUCCCCAAUUAACAGAUGAUGAAAAACAAGUGUAUUCUCUGUGGCGGUUGCGAAAGCUAUAUGGAAAUUAUGGCUCUGCCAGUGAUGUCAAUGUUGGGUUACUAUGGCCCAGUAAGCAGGAGAUGGAACUACAGAAGGAAAAGGAAAGAGUGACAUAUCCUGAUGAUAUUUAUCGAAUGAUUGAGAUUGACAAGCUACAACGGAAGGAGGAGGAGGUUAAAAUACAGAAAAGACAGCAGGAGCUUGCUCUAAAAGUAACUAAACUAGAGGAUUGGAAAAGAGAAGUAAGAGAGCGUUAUCAAAAUAAAUUGAGGCUAGCUCAGGAGGCAAAAGCAAAAAAGGAAAAGGUAAUAGAAGAAAUACGGCAGAUGUUUGGCUACCGAAUUGAUCCUAAAGAUGACAAAUUCAAGGAAGCUCUUGAAAAGAAGGAGCAAGAAGAAAAGAAGGCAGCUAAAGCUGCCAAGAAAUUAAAGAAACAGCAAAAACUGAUUGCUGAGAUCCAUAAGAUGGCUGGUGAAGGGAAUGCAAGGAUAGAGGGGGACAAUACCAAUAGUAAGGAAGGAGGUGUUGAAACGGCUCCUAGUACGCACUCUUUUUCUGAAACCAAAUCAUAAGCUGAUUAUUGGACAUGCUACCAAGAUCAUUGUAAAAGAUACCUUCUCCAUUACUAGUGAGUUAUACUUGUACAGUUUCAUAAUAAAAUCUGGUUUACCAUGUAUGGUGUGAUGGCCUAAUAGUAUAUUUUUGAAGAUUGAAAUUUUUCUUAGGUAAUAGGUAAUAAACUUCAUAAAGGAGCAUACCUAAGUUAUGUGCAUUGUUUAAUGAAAUUGUGUUUAUUGAGUCUAUUGGUUAAGAACUUAUUCAAAUAAGUUCUUAAAUUAGUACAAAAUUUGAAGUAAACAUACAAUAUAGUGCUGCCAGUCAGCCUUUUACCCUUUUUGCCUUGAGAUACAUCAUCUUUAUUUAUCAAAAGAUGUAGUGUUCUGGGAGCUGGGCAGCUAUGUUUUGGCCGAGUGUUUAAUUAACCUUCAGCAUCUUGGAAGGUAAAGUACAAACCAUCUAAUUUAUUCCUUGGAUAUAUUCUCUUGUAACAGCACCUUGUCUAGGCCUAUUUUGCCCUUUACUGCUCCAGUGGAUCCAACCAGCCAUCUCAGAGGCUGAUCUGUCUAAAAUGGGAUUGAUGCUUACUUUGACUGAUGGGUUUAUUAUGCAAACCUUAAGUUUUUAUAAUGUAAAACAUUUACUAUAUACCCAUCAAUCAUGCAGAGGUGCUUCCUUUCCCUUGCUUUACUACAUUAGAGCUUAACUAUGCAAUAGAAUGUCUUAGGUGGUUCCUUGCAAUUGAUGUUUCAUAGAUGCAUACAUGUACAUGUAGCUCCUCUACUUUUGUGUCUACGAUUAUAGUGCUAUACCAUUUCCAGCACUGAUGAAAAACUAAUCACUAUACAAAAAUAUAUACUUUUAAAAAUCAAAAAAAGGUUAUUGAAAAACUAAUCACUAUACAAUACUAUAUAUUGACAUAAUUUAUCAAGUUGAGGUCAUUUUACAAAUAGUCUAUAAAUUUGAUAACCUCGUAUAUACCUUCAAUGACCCCAAGGCAGUUGCACAUGCUCCCACUUAAUGCAUGAAAGUAAAAUAUUAAAAAUCUAGACUACAUUACAUAAUGGGCUACAGAAGACCAGU